GCAGGCGCAAUAGGAUAUCGCGGAAGAAUUCCAGGAGUCCGUAGAAACAGACGUAAACAUUGGUCCUUUUUGGUGAAAUACGUCAAAUUACGGGCCUGGUGUGACUCUAAUACACGUCAGCCAUGUCCCAGAGAAGUCGCAGAAGUAACUCAGUGUCCAGUCAGAAGUCGGACAUAUCAGAGCGGUCAGACCGGCGAGCAAAGAGCCCACGGAGCCCACGGUCUGAUCGGAAGGAUGGACCCUCAGAGCGUGAGUCGUCGGAGAGUUUCCAUACCGAGUGCCGGGCGGGGUUUGUUGCCAUAGUAGGGAACACCAAGGACCACAUCAAGUCUCGUGACCAGUUACAACAAGCCUUGCAGAAUACUGGCCGCAAUCCCUCCAACCAGAUAUUGGACAAGUACUGGACAAAAAACACAGUGUACAUCAAUUUUGAUGAGUUCUGUGACAUCAUGCGGAAGGAGAAAGCGACGACAAAAGGUGAUCUGGUCAAGGCCUUCCGAACAAUCGACAUCAACGGGGAUGGGUACAUCACACAUGACGAGCUGUACAGGGUUCUUACUCAGAGGGGUGAGAAGAUGACGAGAGACGAGGUGAAGAGACUGAUAGAUGAUGCAGACUGUAACAAGGAUGGGAAGCUGGACUAUGGAGAGUUCUGCAGCAUGAUGCUGUCUACAGUAGAGAAGUGUAAGAAGCAGUCCAUGGAGAAGCUGGAGAAAAUGGAGGCAAAACGGCGCCUGGAGAGACGGCCGUCAUCGGCACGGUCCAGGGACGGGUCACCUGGUGAUCACGACCGACAGUCACCCAAACCUGCAUCAAGACCACCAUCAAGGAUCAGAGAUGAGUCGCCUCGUGACAAGCCACCCUCGCGCCCCUCCUCUGCUAGAUCCACCCCUCGGGCAUCGCCAAAAACAGUAGGAAAAGACCAUGACUCUCCACAUCCCUCACCAAGAGGUCAGGUGACAGAAAUCUCCAAGUCUCCUGUAGCCAAGAGGAAGGUUAAAGUACCAGUACCCAAGAACCUGGAGAGCUGGAACCAUGUCCAGAGAAAAGGUUGUUUCCAUUUUGAGGAGGAUGGAUCCAUCAUCAGCCAUGAGUACAAGUUGGACCUGCCGCACGCCACCAACGUGUGGAUCACUGUUCAGCCACUCUACCUGCACAGGGAGGAUAAAGAUGAGCCAGUGGAGAACCCAGUAGACACAACACUGGUGGUCCUGAGAGAUGGGGACAGGGACAGCUUCAUCCAGUUUACAGACAUCAGGGAUGGAGAGAAGUACUGUCUGCGGUGUGACCUGCGGUCAGGAUCGUACCGACUGCUGCCCUUCACCAGCGGCUGCAGGUUACGGAAGAGAAAGUCUCAGCCCAAACAGGAAGUCCCGCUGGUCGUCACCAAGUCUGGGGAGAUCGAGCUGUCCAGACCUUUCAGGGACACUCUGACAGACAUUUUUGAGAUCCUGGACCUUGAUGGGAAUGGCCUGCUGAGUCGUGAGGAGUUUAACCUGUUCCAGGUACGCACCAGCGGGGAGGAGGUGGACGACGAGGCAUGGGAGGUCGUGGAAGAGAAUUUCGAGCUGAAGAAAGGGGAGCUGACCAGAAAGGGCUUCACAGACCUGAACCUGAUGGAGGCUCAGGACAGCGAGGGGGACACAGAGGAAUUAUGGGUAACGCUGAGCAGCAUGGGAUACAACAAAGCCCUCAGACAAGAUGAGGCCUGUCCCUUUGUGAUUGACAUCUAUGCAGAAGAGUGUAAACCAAAGAUGGUCCUGGAGGGUUUGCUGGAGGACAAUGAAGAUGUUGAGGAUGCCAUGUGCAAGUUCAUCAGUAGUAAAGGAGAGUCUCGUGAGCUGAAGGGAGGGAAGGACGUGGUCCUGUACACUUACAGCACCGACUCCCGCAUCAGUACAGCUGUAGAGAACAAGGCUGGCAGGAAGGCUGCGGUGCAGCUGGACUGCAGCAGGAGUAAAAACUGCAGCAGCCACAGAGACGACCUGGACUACACUGCAGAGGUUCCACCUAAAAAAACCACAAUUGGACAUCACAUCCUGCCCAGCAAUGACAGACAGGAGUGGAUAUACAGGUGCAAGGAGGCUGUCCUGUAGGGAAACUGGCAGGACAACAGGACUGUAGUGUAGUGUAGAGUCGUGAUGUGUACUGGUUUGCUGGAACUCGUUGAAUGUAUUAGGUUCAAGUCCCAAAAAACCUGAAUGUCUGGAACCAGUUCCGGACUUACAAAAAAAAAAAUUCACAUUCCCCUUUUUGUCCACCUGAGGUCUUCAAAAGUAAAAAAUUUGCGCUGCAAAAUGAAGAAAACAUUGCCAUUGGGCAUUGUCAAGUGUCGGCCUCCAUAAAUUAUGUGGCUACAGUUUUGUGCAGACAUGCCCCGCAAACAACAUAUCUUGCUUCUAAACCCUGGUAGCUCAGUGCUCGCUACAAAAUUUUGUGGUAAAAAUGCCCCAUUCUCCAUUGGGAAAUGUUCACUGAGAAGUCCCAUAUUUUGUAUAUGCCCUGGGUUUAGGUCCAGACUUAGAACCUAAACCUCUGGACUUGAAU